AUGACUGCUCCUGCCCCUGUCCGGAAGCUCGAGUUCGGCUCUCGCAACACCACCGGCACAUGGACUCCCUUUGACUGGGAAGAUCCCCUCCAUGGCCCCCAGUCAAAGGGCGAGGUCGUGACCAUCCGCACCGGAGGAACCACGGGCGGCACGGUGGCAUCGGGUCUAUGGCGGACGGGCGCCGGCAUCGCGGGCUGCAACGACGACGGCACCUGCGACAUCGAGUACUCGGCGCCCCUGGGCGACGAGACCAUGGUGCUGCUGGAGGGGUCGGCCGAGGUCCUGGAGACGAAGUCGGGCAAGAAGCACCAUUUCAAGGCGGGGGACAUCCUGGCCCACCCCAAGCACGUCGACCUGAAGUGGCACGUCAACGGGCCGUUCCUGAAGAAGUUCUGGACCAUCUGGGACGCGCCCAUCGAGGGCACCAAGAGCGACAGCCUGUUCGUCGGCAACAUCAACGACAACCCCGCCGACUGGACGCCUUUCACGUGGGACGAGCCAGGCAAGGGCUCCCAGACCGCGGGCGAGCUGACACUGGUCCGCAAGACUGGUUCCACGGGCGCCCUGCAAGUCGGCCUCUGGCGAAGCGGGCGUGGGCUGCCAGGCGCCGCUCCCGAUGGGUCGGUGACGUUCGAGUACAGCGCCCCUCUUGGAGAUGAGGCCGUCCUGGUCGUGGAAGGGGAGAUCAGGAUUGUGGAGCACGAGAGUGGGAAGACGCAUCACUUCAAGGGCGGGGACAUCUUCGCGCUGCCCUCGGGCCUGAAGGUCACGUGGACUUCUGAGGCGCCGUUUGUGAAGUUGUUCUUCGUCAUCACCAACGGUCAGAAGAGCGGUUAG